AUGAGCAGCAUCGUCAGAAACAGCGGCAACGCAGCGCGCAAAUCUAUCCUCAUCCUCAGCGCCAGCCAAUACCUCUCCGGUCGCCCCAUCAGCGAAGUCGUCAAGGCAGACUGGGUAAAGGACAAGGCGCGAGACAUCGCAGACAAGUUUGAUAAUGUCGGCUUCACCGUGGACCCGACUAAUGUACCAGAGACAUUGGAAUGUCUUCAGAAGACCAUCCAAGGAAAUGCAUGGGAUGGAGUCAUAUUUGGAUGGUGUACUAGAGGGCGUGUCGAGUUCACCGUUCUUUUCGAAAAGAUGGUCUCUGUGGUUUUUAGGCAAGCUAGUGUCCAGCCCGAGUUGAAGAUUAUGUUUUGUGAGGGACCGCAGGAUUUGGUGCAGACAACGCGCAGGAACUUUGCUGUCUGA